GAGACAUUGCAGGCAUUAUACAUCUCUUAAUCUCAUGAUCAAUGCUUUAGAUGCACUUUUACACUAUUGUUUAAUAGUACAAAAUAGGAAUGAAAUAUGAAUGAAAAUCAUGAACACAAAUUCCUUUUUCUCUCCCUUUAAUUAAUCCUGUUAUCGCCUUUUUGCAAUCCAAACACACAAUAAGUGUAUCAAAAACAUUCCCACAUUAUCCCAGACAUUUCCAGAACGCCCAAAAAGUAGUCCCCAAAACCCUCUAUGCCCGUUAGAAAUCCGGUUGUAUCCAAACAUAUCUCGACAGAUUCCCCUUCAUCAAGUGAUCACCAACAGGGACAAACUUCAUCUCCGGAUCGAUUCGACCGUUAAUGAAGAUGUCAUCACGCCCAAGUUUCAUCCUCGUACCAACCCGUAAAGAUGCUUCCAUUAUAUGACCGAGUCCUUGGACUGACAUUGAUGAUCACCUCUUUCCUCCCUUCCUUAUCCGGUAUGAGAGGUUUAAAUUCCCCCACCGUUUUCAAACUCGCAGGAUCGAUCGAUUUAUCUUGUGUCAAGCUUCCCACUAUACCGUUCCGUAACGCAGAUGCACUGGCGACUGUCCUCACGCUUUCCGGACUGGUUUCUCCCCCAGCUUCGUCGGGUUGAUCAGUGAUUAGUAGAUCGGGAGUUGGCAGAUCUUCGUCGAGAUGAGCAGAAUCAAGAUAUUCGGCGAAAAGAGCGUCAUCGUUGAGCAUGAAUCCGCUAG